AACACUUGCAGGAACACUUGCAGGCAGAGCCGCAUACUAACUCUUAUGUAUUGAUCUUCCAGCGUCAUUAGCGCAUGUAUUUCAGUUAUCAUGCUUGGAAUCGCUUACACGUACGUAUCUAGUCUGAUCAAAGAAUAUGGAUGGCAACAAAAUGGACACGGAAGAGCAAGGACCAGUCUGCGCAAGCCAUGCUUCCAAAAUUGCGUGUAUCUCGCACCUACGGUGUUGAUCUUACUACGAUUCAGAAGACGCUGUGUUUCAUCGGCGGUUCUUUCGGGGGCUGCUCCCACGAUCCUCCCCGGCACCUGCAUGGACAAAGUCACGUGGCGCUCCGGGGCCGGCCAUGCAUGCCGAAAGGAUCACCGUCGGUUCGGCACUGAAUUACUACGGAGCGGGAUGCUGUCCCUGUCCAGGCUCUAUCCUCCCGUCUGCGACCCGAGGGAAGCGUUACCCUCCGUCGGUUGGUCUCCCGUCUCCGCGAACCUGCUGGCUGGUGUCAAAUCAUCUUCCAGAGCGAUGAACGUACCAACAACCUCUCCAAAGCAACGCAAGGCCAACCACUCUCUAACCCUAUAGGCGAGAUUGGUGUACGACGAGUCUAGCCACACUGCGAACUUGCAUUAUCUUCUGCUCUGGUCACGUUCUCCUCCACGGUUUUGACUGCAAGUGCCGCGUUAUAGGUGCAGCUCUCUGCUAUCAAG